UAGAAUGAUGGGAGGAGGAGGGUGAGAGGGGUUGUCCUUUGUCCUUUAAAGUGUAAGUGGGAAGCAGAUAAAAAUAUCAAGUCAGAGAGAUUUGAAAAUGCUCCUCAGAUGGCUUUGAAGAUGGAGGAAGGGUCAAGGAACGCAGACCACCUGUAGAAGCUGGAAACAGCAAGCGAAUGCCUUCUCCGUUGCAGCCUCUAGAAGGAACACGGCCUUGCUGACACCUUGAUGUGAGCUUGGUGCCUACUCCUGCGAUUGCACAGCGCCCAUCUUCCCAGUCCCGGCAAAACCCGGAGAGGUGGAAUCCCUCGCCCGGAGCGCCCCGGCGGCCACUGGGCAUGCUCCGUUGUCAGGCAGGUUCGCGGCUGCGAGCAGCUUCGGAGGCUCACGGAUUCCUCCUGCUGCCGCGCGUCCUCCUCCUCCCGAGCAGGGAGCCGGCGCAUGAUGGCGGCCGCGGCUGGGAGCGCCAGCGGCGGCGGCAGCGGCGGCCGCGGCGGGAGCAGCAGCAGCGACACGUCCAGCACCGGCGAGGAGGAGCGGAUGCGGCGCCUCUUCCAGACGUGCGACGGCGACGGGGACGGAUACAUUAGCAGGUACUCAGGGAGAAAUGACUUGCUGAUGGUUUGUCGUCAGUUGAAUAUGGAAGAGUCUGUGGCUGAGAUCAUGAACCAGCUGGGCGCAGAUGAAAAUGGGAAGAUUUCCUUUCAGGAUUUUACAAGGUGUCGCAUGCAGCUGGUUCGAGAAAUUAGGAAGGAGGAAGGAGGCCUUUUUGAGAAGUCAGACAACUCCUGUAAAAAGAAGAAGCUGAGGGAUAGAAUUGCUUCCUGGCCCACAAGCAGUGACAACAGUUUUGGUGCCUUAUCAGCGGCCAGGGAGAGCUGGGAAUACGACUCAGGUGCCAGGGACCUCCAGAGCCCGGACUUGCAGAGUCAGCCGGCCCUACAGAAGCUUCUUGAGUAUGGUGGAAGCGCUUUGCAUCAGCAGGCUGCUGCUCUCCACAAACUGCUCGCACCGUCCCCACAUUUUGGCAGUGCUGUAGGAGGAAGCUAUCUAGAACUGGCCAACACACUCCACUUGGCAGCCCUGGCAUCACUAAAGGGAGAUAUAGUGGAGCUUAAUAAACGUCUACAGCAAACGGAGCUGGAACGGGACCUUCUGGAGAAGAAAUUGGCCAAGGCACAGUGUGAGCAGUCCCACCUCAUGAGAGAGCAUGAGGACGUCCAGGAGCGCACGACGCUGCGGUACGAGGAGCGCAUCACGGAGCUGCACAGCAUCAUUGCCGAGCUCAAUAAGAAGAUAGACCGUCUGCAGGGCACCACCAUCAGGGAGGAGGAUGAGUACUCAGAGCUUCGAUCAGAACUCAGCCAGAGUCAGCAGGAGGUCAAUGAGGACUCGCGAAGCAUGGACCAAGACCAGACCUCCGUCUCCAUCCCCGAAAACCAGUCCACCAUGGUCACUGCCGACAUGGAUAACUGCAGCGACCUGAACUCGGAACUGCAGAGAGUGCUGACGGGGCUGGAGAAUGUCGUCUGCUGCAGGAAGAAGAGUAGCUGCAGCCUCUCGGUGGCCGAGGUGGACAGGCACAUCGAGCAGCUCACCACGGCCAGUGAGCACUGCGACUUGGCUAUUAAGACAGUUGAGGAGAUUGAGGGGGUACUCGGCCGGGACCUGUAUCCCAACCUGGCUGAAGAGCGGUCUCGUUGGGAGAAGGAGCUGGCUGGGCUGAGGGAAGAGAAUGAGAGCCUGACCGCCAUGCUGUGCAGCAAAGAGGAGGAGCUGAACAGGACCAAGGCCACCAUGAACGCCAUCCGGGAGGAGCGGGACCGGCUCCGCAGAAGGGUGCGAGAGCUUCAAACUCGACUACAGAGCGUGCAGGCCACAGGGCCCUCCAGCCCUGGCCGCCUCACUUCCACCAAUCGCCCAGUUAACCCCAGCACCGGGGAGCUGAGCACAAGCAGCAGUAGCAAUGACAUUCCCAUCGCCAAGAUUGCGGAGAGGGUGAAGCUAUCAAAGACCAGGUCCGAAUCUUCGUCGUCUGAUCGGCCAGUCCUGGGCUCAGAGAUCAGCAGCAUUGGGGUAUCCAGCAGCGUGGCGGAACACCUGGCCCACUCUCUUCAGGACUGCUCCAACAUCCAAGAAAUCUUCCAAACACUCUACUCACAUGGAUCUGCCAUCUCUGAAAGCAAAAUUAGAGAGUUUGAGGUGGAAACGGAGCGGUUGAACAGUCGUAUUGAACACCUCAAGUCCCAAAAUGACCUCCUGACCAUAACCCUGGAAGAAUGCAAGAGCAACGCUGAGAGGAUGAGCAUGCUGGUGGGAAAAUACGAAUCCAACGCCACAGCGCUCCGGCUAGCCCUUCAGUACAGUGAGCAGUGCAUAGAAGCCUACGAGCUCCUCCUGGCGCUGGCUGAAAGCGAGCAGAGCCUCAUCCUGGGGCAGUUCCGUGCGGCCGGCCUGGGGUCCUCCCCUGGAGACCAGUCAGGGGAUGAAAACAUCACUCAGAUGCUCAAACGGGCUCAUGACUGCCGGAAGACGGCUGAGAAUGCGGCCAAGGCGCUGCUCAUGAAGCUGGAUGGCAGCUGUGGGGGAGCCUUCGCUGUGGCCGGCUGCAGUGUGCAGCCCUGGGAGAGCCUGUCUUCCAACAGCCACACCAGCACAACCAGCUCCACGGCCAGUAGCUGCGAUACAGAGUUUACUAAGGAAGACGAGCAAAGGCUGAAGGAUUAUAUCCAGCAGCUCAAGAACGACAGGGCCGCGGUCAAGCUGACCAUGCUGGAGCUGGAAAGCAUCCACAUCGAUCCCCUCAGCUAUGACGUCAAGCCCCGGGGAGACAGCCAGCGGCUGGAUCUCGAAAACGCCGUGCUGAUGCAGGAGCUGAUGGCCAUGAAGGAGGAGAUGGCCGAGCUGAAGGCCCAGCUCUACCUCCUGGAGAAAGAGAAGAAGGCCCUGGAGCUGAAGCUGAGCACCCGGGAGGCCCAGGAGCAGGCCUACCUCGUGCACAUUGAGCACCUGAAGUCCGAGGUGGAGGAGCACAAGGAGCAGCGCAUGCGGUCCCUCGGCUCCACCAGCAGCGGCGGCAAGGACAAGCCCGGCAAGGAGUGUGCUGACGCUGCCUCCCCAGCUCUGUCACUGGCCGAACUCAGGACGACGUGCAGCGACAGUGAGCUGGCUGCGGAGUUUGCCAGUGCCAUCCGUCGAGAAAAGAAGUUAAAGGCCAGAGUUCAGGAGUUGGUGAGCGCCUUGGAAAGACUCACCAAGAGCAGUGAAAUCCGACACCAGCAAUCAGCGGAGUUCGUUAACGACCUAAAGCGAGCCAACAGCAACCUCGUGGCUGCCUAUGAGAAAGCAAAGAAGAAGCAUCAAAACAAACUGAAGAAGCUGGAGUCUCAGAUGAUGGCCAUGGUGGAGAGACACGAGACCCAAGUGAGGAUGCUCAAGCAAAGGAUAGCUCUGCUGGAGGAGGAGAACUCCAGGCCACACACCAAUGAGACGUCACUUUAAGUGGCACUCGGGCACCCACGUUCGGCCUGAGCGGAAACAGGUCACGGAGGAGAGAAGGGCCGGGAGACAGUCCCUGCUGGGAGGGUGAGAACGGGAGGGGCAGGUAGGUCAGCACUUGGACUCAGCCCCGGGGGUGACUGGCCCUGGUGACACUGUGCAGACUGUAUCCAGGGGACCCUGCUCCUCCCAGCCCCGCGGACAGCCUGUACGUACCUGCCCUGUGUGCCGUGCUCAGCAGGCCCCGCUUUGCUUUCAGCACUGGCUUUGUCUGUUCUGAAGGUUGUGCCUCAGCAAUGUCGCAGGCAUUUGUUUUGUAAGAGUUUCUAUUCUUUUCUUGUUUGGUCGACAGUGAUCUUGUCUCUGGCAUCCCUGAUUUCUCCUCUUUCCUUCUUCAAGGGAAAGCUGACACACACACAGUAUGUUCACGUCUAGAUUUGCCUACUGCAGCCAGGCUUCGGUUUUCAAGUCCCACGUAUCAACUCUAAGAUACAGUCUCCUUACAGGUAGAGCCUCUGGCGCUGUGCCUGACCAGCUCUGUACAGAAUGACACUUCCUUCAGCUCGCUGGGGAGGCAGGGCUGGGAAGGGAGCCCGCUUCUGACUGGGGUUCCCCUCCCAGUGGAGCCAUAUUAACAGCCAGGGCUUAGCGCUGAGAACCCUGUUGAUUCGGAGUUUCUCAGAGGCAGAGGAGCCUGAAUCUCCCCUCCCCCGCCUGGCACUAGUAUUGCUGUUCUGCAGGAAUCCAAGCUCAUCCACCCGGGUACAGAUGCAGCUCUGGACCCGCCUCAUUUCUCUAAGGGCAAGAGGCAGGGCAUGGAGUAGGUGUGUUGCAGGUCAGUCCCACCUCUUUUAAGAGACUGUAUAGAACCACCAGUCCAAGGCUUCGCUCUGCUGUUAGGAAGGGCAGGGGGUGAGGGAAUGAUCAUUGAGGCCCCCCAACUGGUGAUGGUUAGCAUACGGUGCUUUAACAGGUUAAAUGUCAAGCAGAAUGCUGGCAGGGCUGGGCAGGACCAGAGGACCUGAAUUCUUUCAGGAAGGGCUUCCAUCAUAAAAAAAAUUUGCUAUUCCUUUUCCACUGUGACCUUCACUGUUUCACCCUUUCACUUUCUUCUGUCGCUGCCCUACACUGAUAUAUUUUAAAAGGGUCACUUGCCAUUUAUUCUGUAGCGCCUUAAGAUCCUGAGAAAUGUGUCCCAAUACCACCAUUCAGUUUUGGUUUGGCCAGGUCACUACACUAGGGUCCCCAUAUCCACAUCCUAAAUGUAUGUUCAGAACUCAUGAUGUAAGUUGCUCAGCCUUCUCCAUAAUGGGGAAAGACCCUUGAGCCAACAUCUUGGAGGACAGAGCAGUUUUAUCCCCAAAGCAACCAACUUUCUCAGGUAAGCAGUGAGGCUGCCCCAUCUUCAAGAAAAGGGGCAACUGGUAUCAGUCUGGAAGGACCAGCUUUUGGGUGCUUCCAUCACUGUCACAGUGCCUGCUAGCUUCUGUUUCUGUUACGAAGCUCUCAUUUUGUCAGAGUUGGUUCUUUUGAUUUUUUUUUUUUUAACAAUUUUUACUCUUUGGGUAAAAUUUCAUUUUGUGACAAGGAAAAUGUUUUGACUGUAAACUAUGUGCAAAAGAAAGUUUAACAGGCAAAAAAUGAAUUUUCCCCAUUUUCCCAGCUCACCUAGGGAAAUGCCCUCCCCUAAGCAAACUAGGAUGGGCAAGGUGGGGAACCAUUGGUGGCUUUUUCUUUUGUGCCUGGACAGGCAUCAGAACAGUUUACCUUCACUCACACUGAAAAGUGUAGCUGACAUAGAAAUACAAUCCUGUCUGCUGACCUCUGUCUACCAUUCUCGUUCCAAAUUAAAACAGAGAACCCACCUUUCAGGGUCAGGUAACCCCUCCAGACCCAGGUGUCUCAGCUAUUAAGAGCUGCAGCCUGUGUUACUGCUAACUGGCCUUAUUUGGAGUUUAUAGUUCAACAUAAUACCUUUUAAAUAUAUGGUGAUUGGGUGAAAACUAUUUCCCCAGUAAAACUGUUACUUCUAUAAAUGUGUA